AUGGCCAGAAACAUCACCAAGAAGAACAAGUGCUGCAGAGGACACCAUAAAGCAAUCUACAGAAAGAAAUCACGUUCCAGCACUGAAUCUGGCCAUAGGAAUUAUUCACUCUACAUAAACAGGGUCCUAAAAGAAGUGGUUCCCCAGAAGGGCAUAUCAUCUCACACCAUGGACGUCUUAAACACCAUGAUCAAUGACGUGUUUGAGCGCAUUUCCACUGAAGCCUGCAACCUAAUGUGUUACAGAAAACGCUGUACCCUCACCCCUGAAGACAUCCAGAAGGCAGUGUAUUUGCUGCUGCCUGAGAAACUGGCUAAGUAUGCAGUCGCUUUCGGAAAUGAAGCUGUCCAACGAUAUGUCCGCUCCUAA